AGAUCUUUGAGGGGCAGGGCUUUGCCCUUUGGGGAGAUAGGCUUUUUGACAGACAGGAGUUAGCGGAGAAUCGUCGCGAGGCGGGGUUUCGGAAACUUAAGCAGUGCACUCCAAUAAGGACCUGAAGAGAAGCAAACCUAAGCCAAUCGAAGGCUUGGAAGUGGAGUUGUCCCGCCUUCCGCCAGGCGGACCAAUAGGAAGCGCGGGCGGCGUGUUUGAAAGCGAGGCCAAAGAGGGUGGGAGCGCGUGCUGCUGGGAGUUGUUUGGAGGUUGGCGUUGCGGUGUUGAUGGUCCUCCGGCAGAGCGAUCAUGUCGCACAAACAAAUUUACUAUUCGGACAAAUACGACGACGAGGAGUUCGAGUACCGGCACGUCAUGUUGCCCAAGGACAUAGCCAAGCUGGUCCCUAAAACCCAUUUGAUGUCUGAAUCUGAAUGGAGGAACCUUGGCGUUCAGCAGAGUCAGGGAUGGGUCCACUAUAUGAUCCAUGAACCAGAACCUCAUAUCUUGUUGUUCCGGCGGCCACUGCCCAAGAAGCCAAAGAAAUGAAGCUGGGGAGCCAUUUUUUUCAGCCUCAAGCUUUACGCAGCUGUCCUCACUUGCUAACGUUUUUCUGAUGACAUUAUUGUGUUGCCUUCUUGUUUCUCACUUUGAUAUUUAAAGAAUGUUCUAUACACUGUUUGACUGUGCUGAUGACUGCUUUGCUCCUUAAGCAGAGCCAACAGGACCACGGCCCAGCCGAAUGAGUACUCUUUGGGUUGCAAACCAAUGUAAACUCUGUAUCCAGAAUACACUAGGCAGAUGGAGGAAGCAUCUGAGAAUAAGACCAUGGCUGUUACAAGGAUUGUGUAAACUUGCUGUUUCGUUUUUUUUCCCGCCAGGUGUUGUGUGUAUGGUGAUUUAUGUUUCAAUGUAUUGGAAGCUUUCCAUUUUAUUCAAGAAAUCUGUUCCAUGUUACAAGCCUUGAUUAAAGAGGAAGUUUUUAUAAUCUAA